AUUGCCUGCAGAAAUAAGAUUAAAAACAAAAAAUAUAUUUUAUGUGUAUGUGGAAGUAAUAUAUAUAUAUAUAUAGGAUCUUUAUGUCUCUAGGUUUACCAUAUUCAAUGAGGUUGGCUGGAUUUCCCCUCGGGCUGUUGCUUUUAAUUGGAGUGGCAUACGUGACAGAUUAUUCCAUCAUACUCUUGAUUAAAGGAGGAUCAAUGUCUGGAACAAACACAUACCAGUCUCUUGUCAGCAAGAUGUUUGGGUUCCCUGGAUACCUUCUUUUGUCUGUCUUCCAGUUUUUAUACCCUUUCGCAGCAAUGAUCAGCUAUAAUAUAGUAACUGGGGACAUUCUUCCAAAAAUAAUUCAGCGUAUUCCUGGAGUUUCUCCUGAAAGUUGGUAUGUGGAUCGUCGUGUUUUGAUAGUGCUAACUACUGCUGUGAUUACAUUGCCCAUUGCCCUUUAUCGCAAUAUGGAAAAGCUGGGAAAGGUGUCCUUAUUGUCCCUGCUUUUAACAUUCACUGUGCUGGUGAUUAUCAUUGUGAGAGCAUCGUCUUUGACUUCAGAAAUACCCCAUACAGAAGAUGCCUGGGUUUUUGCCAAGCCAAAUGUAAUGCAAGCAGUUGGUGUCAUGUCAUUUGUGUUCAUGUGCCACCAUGCUUGCUUCCUUAUAUACGGCUCUUUGGAAAAGGCUACGGUCAGCAACUGGUCCCGUAUUACCCAUGUAUCAAUGUUGCUCUCGCUGUUUAUCAGUUUGCAGUAUUCUGUCUUUGGAUAUGUGUCCUUCACGGGAUUUACUCAGGGAGAUCUGUUUGAGAACUACUGCAGAGAGGACAACCUGGCCACUAUUGGACGAUUCUGUUAUGCAAUCACAAUAAUUCUGACGUACCCUAUGGAAUGUUUUGUGGCAAGAGAGGUCAUUUCAAAUGUCUUUUUCGGUGGGAAUCUUUCAUACACUCUGCAUUUUGCUGUGACUUUCGCAGUUGUGUCUCUGACCACAGCUUUUUCAUUGGUGUAUGACUGCCUUGGAAUGUUUCUGGAACUGAAUGGAAUCCUAAGUGCCACUCCGCUGGUGUUCAUCAUUCCCCCUGCUUGUUAUCUGAAACUGUCUGAAAAGCCCUGGUACCAUUUGGAUAAUGCCAUCCCCCUUCUUAUUCUGCUACUUGGUAUGGUUAUAAUGCCAGUAGGAUUUCUAAUGGCGAUCUUGUAUCCACAGGAAUGCAGCCAUGGUAGUGAAAUGUUCUAUUGCUUGUCCACUAAUUCCACACUGUUGAACAUAACAUCAGAAAGCUUUUACCGAAUGACUUUAAUAUCACUAACUGGCAAGGGAAACUAAUAUAAACCCUCUGUAGAAAUUCCCCUGUUCCCCCUAGUUCUCUAAAGUAAGUGACCCAAGCUUAAUUACUGGUGCAAGAGAAUUCACUAGUAAGAAGUAUCCUUUCCAGCUCUAUGUCAGUCAUCUUGGUGUCAUCAUACAUACAGAGAUUAUUGUGCAGAUCUUGGCUACAUGAUAUUACAUGGUACUUACAUGAGGAGGGGACACAUUGCUGUUUUUUUAUUGAUUGAUUGAAUAACCCCAGGAGAGGCAACCAAUAACUUUGCUUUAUUCAUGGAACUUAGCUCAACUGCCCAAGACUGUCCCACUUACAGGAAGAACAUCAACACUAGAUGCAGCAAAGUACAUGUAGUUUCAAAUGAAUCAUUUGUGAAUCCUGUUCUGGUAGCAAGAGAAGACAGAAAACUACUGGUUCCUUGGAUUGCAUUGUAAAUUAUCUGUGACUGUGUACUUUGUUAUAUAAAGGGCUAUU